GUAGGUUUGAACUCGCAGCCACUUGAUGGAAAGGGUGGUCGAAGCCAAGCCGCUCUUGAGUGCGAACGGAGCAGACUCCAUGGGUGUCAGUCAUCAUCACCGUGUGUUGGACUUGGAUGAUUCGCAGCAUGCGUACACGCCCUUCUUGUCCCUCACGCAAAGAGAAUCGGAGGCCACGACGACCAAGCCGUCGUCUGUGCUCAACCAGUUGGGCACAUUCAACGGCGUGUACGUCCCGUGCCUGCUCAACAUCAUCGGGGUGAUUCUCUUUCUCCGCCUCGGGUGGGCCAUCGGGCAAGCCGGGGUGUUGGGGAUGCUCACCAUUUUCUUCUUUGCCGAGCUUCAGGCCGUGUUGACUGUGCUUUCCGCGAGUGCGAUUGCCAGCAACGGCGCCAUGCGGGGUGGCGGCUCGUACUACCUCAUCAGUCGGUCUCUCGGGCCAGAAUUCGGAGGUGCGAUCGGCGUGCAGUUUUACUUGCUAUACGCGUCCGGCGUGGCCAUGUACUUGGUCGGAUUCGCGGAAGAAGUCGCGCAAACGUGGUUUGUCGACAGUGCGUGGGGCAAAAAGUGGGUAGUGGUCACGGUGGCCUCCACAACUCUUGUUACGAUCGUGUGCAUUGCACUGAUUGGCGCGCACGCAUUCUCCAAAGUCAACCAGUACCUCUUUGUGGUGCAAUUUGCUUGCAUUGCGUAUGGCGCCAUUGUCAUUUGUGUGUCCACUACACGGGCAUUGGAGAGCGGCGGCCACGUCACGGGACCUCAAAGCAGCACGCUGGCUGCCAACAUGCACGCUAACUACACGGACGAGUUGCAUGUGUGUGGGGACUCUGCGUGCGACCUAGGAGCAGUUUACGCGAUCGUGUUUCCGCUCGCGACGGGGUUCAUGGAAGGCUUGAAUUUGAGUGGCGACUUGAAGCAUCCAGGCAAGAGCAUCCCCGUGGGCAGCUUGGCGGCCGUGGUGACGGCCUGUGUGAUCUACAUCUCGCUGAUCUUCCUGUUUGGAGCGUCCUUCGAUGGCGUGGCGCUGCGCACCAACUUUUCAUUUUUCCAGCAAGUUGGCCCUACGCCAUAUAUUAUCAUCACAGGCAUCUUGGUGUCGUGCUACACGUCUGGGCUGGGGGCCCUCUUUGGGGCGUCUCGGAUCUUGCAAGCGAUUGCCAGGGAUAACCUCUUUUACGGGUUUGGGUGUCUUGGCCAAGGGAGUGCCCACGGGGACGAGCCGCAGUACGCCGUGGCAUUCACUGCGCUCUUGUCGUUCGUGUUCAUUUUCAUCGGCGACUUGGACGUCCUCGCGCCCAUCUGCACGUCGUUCUUUUGCGUCGCGUAUGCUGCCGUCAACUUUACGUCGCUCGUGCUCCAAGUUACGGGCGUGCCCAACUUCCGCCCGACGUUCCGGUACAGCUGCUGGCCGCUGUCGUUGGCUGGCGUCGUGCUGAAUUUGAGUGUGAUGAUCUACCUCAACGCCAUGUACGCGGCUGUGACGCUGGUGAUUGUGACCGCGUUGUUCGUGUAUUUGUACCUUGUGGGGCCUGAAACGUCGUGGGGAAACGUCAGCCAAGCGCUAAUUUAUCACCAAGUGCGCAAGUACUUGCUGCGAUUGGACACGCGCAAAGGGCACUUGAAGUUCUGGCGCCCGGCGAUUCUGUUUGUGCCGCCGACGUCGCAUGCACCCAGCGUCGCGCUGUGCAAUCGACUGAAAAAGGGCGGAUUGUACAUUGUCGGUGAUAUUGUCUUGGGCGAGUUUGGACCGAGUACAACCACCCAAGCCAGUCGAAGGCUGCAGCGAUGGCUGGAUGUAAUUGACGACGCCAACCUCAAGGCGAUUCCGCAGGUGUUGGUGGCGCCGACGGUGCGCCAGGGGUACCAGUGUUUGAUGCAGUGCAGUGGGCUCGGUGGAAUGGACGUGAAUACGAUUGCAUUUGAUUGGAUGAUGCUGGCGGCGGCGGCGGCGACCCCCGACGUGUUUGUAGGUGUAUUGAACGAUGCCGUGUUGCUGCACAAGAACGUGGUGGUGUUUCGGCACUGCGACAAGGUUGACGCAGCGCUGCUCGUGCCGGAUGCCAACCACUCGUGGGUUCGACCGCCGCGCCGACUGUGGCGACUGGACGGCGUCGUCCGGACGGUGGACGUGUGGAUCACCGAACCAAAGCCGUGGUCGGGAACGUCGUCGCAUGUAACGCUCAUGCUGCAGCUGGCCCAUGUCCUCCAGUCAAAUGUCCAGUGGAAAGGGCUUCCCAUUCGCCUCGUACGCGUGUGCGACGACGGCAACGACGAGAGCGCCGAGCACCUGAUUCACGUCGCAUCGGAGCUUCGCAUUGCGCUGCACCCGACGCACGCGCUGCUCCUGCCCAUGCCAGGAGGUGCCGCCGCCGCCGCCGUGGAAAUCAAUCGGCUCGUGCGCGAUCACUCGCGGGAUGCGGCGCUGGUCGUGAUGCCCUUGGCCGACCCAACAGUGUCACAGCCGGACGAGUUUGCAGCGACAGUCGAAGUCCUCACGAAUGGACUUCCCCCCACUAUGAUGGUGUGGAGCGCCGACGGCGAAAGCGUCAUCACGACAUGCAUUUAAAAUGGACAAGUUAUCGGUUUGAAUAGUAUCAACAUAUUUCAAGACGACCAUUAACUACUUGCUGUAAAGUAUAAAAGUACUAGUA